AUUAAUAAAAAACAUAAUGGCAGGUGUAUUAUUUGAAGACAUUUUUAAUGUCAAAGACAUGGACCCCGAAGGAAAGAAAUUCGACCGUGUGAGUCGCUUACAUUGCGAAUCCGAAUCGUUCAAAAUGGAUCUUAUUUUAGACAUUAAUUCUUGGAUUUAUCCAAUGGAAUUGGGGGAUAAGUUUCGACUAGUGCUUGCCACGACGCUCAGAGAGAAUGGUUACCCCGAUGGAGGAGAAUGGAACCCCUUAGAAACUGAAGGAAAUCGGGCUGAUAGUUUUGAAUAUGUCAUGUCCGGCAAAGUGUACAGGAUAGAAGGCGAUGAAGCUGCAAUGGAGCCAGCCUCACGAUUAGCAGCUUAUGUAUCCUUCGGUGGUCUGCUAAUGAGGCUACAAGGUGACGCAAACAACUUACACGGCUUCGAAGUUGAUCAACACAUGUAUUUAUUGAUGAAAAAACUGGCCUUUUAACUUUAUUUAGGUCU